AUGUUAGAAUUAGACUUUCAUGUGCGUAUCAACCCGGACUACGAGAAGUCCAUGCACAAUUUCCACGGUUAUGUGGAGGUGAACGUAGGCGGAGUGUGGGGCUCCGUGUGCAACCGAGGCUGGACCAACAAGGACGCCUUUGUGGCCUGCAAGCAGAUGGGCUAUGCAGGUGGAUACGCCUACAGACCUCCGAAGAACAGUUCAAACUUGAUUCUGAUGGAUAAUGUGCGUUGUCAUGGUGAUGAGGACUCGCUGCUGAAUUGCCCCUACGACAAGUGGGCGGUGACCACCGGCUGUGAUUUCUAUACCAAGCGUGCCGGGGUGUUAUGCUACAAUGACACAAAUAACUAUGCCCGUGUUCUUCCAAGCACUCUCGGCCCGGAUGGAGUUCAGAGGAGGAAAGAAAUCAGGGGCUAAUUAUGAAGGAAGCAUCUAAUGAGCAGCCCAAUAAUGCUGGAUAUGAUAUUUAGUCUGUUGACUUUGAAUCUCUCGAAAGCUUCAAUAUUGUGCAGAUAAGAUUUCAGCGGUAGUGAUCACAGCGGUAAACGUCGUCGGAACCAAAACUUUGUUUACGCUUAGAAUACGUAUAUCUUGUGUUUUGAUCUUGAGUUCUUGCUUAAUGAAGUAUUUUAGUCUGGGUCUUCGAAGUUAAUAAUUAUCUUGACGUUGUUGAGAAUGUGUGAUGUGCACUGUGUGGUACUUAGUAUGUAUAUUUGCAAUUAAACACUUGAUAUUUAUAGUAUUUAUAUACUAUACAU